CUCUCUCCCGCCCUUCCUCCCUCCAGCCGCCCUCCUCCCUGCCCGCCGCCGUCUCCGCUCCGUGCCGGCUGUGGGUGCUGAAGUUGGGCGGAUGGCAACAGCCCUGCUCCGCUAGAGACGAACCGCCGCAGCCCUUCUCGGGAUCGCUGAGCGCCAACUGCACGCAGCCGGGCGGGGGUGGCCGCUUGGGCACUGAAGUAGCUGAAAUGAGAAAGAGGCAGCAGUCACAAAAUGAAGGAACAUCAGCUGUGUCUCAAGCACCUGGAAACCAAAGGCCCAACAACACAUGUUGCUUUUGUUGGUGCUGUUGCUGCAGCUGUUCAUGCCUCACUGUUAGGAAUGAAGAUAGAGGAGACAAUGCAGGAAGACCAACACAUACAACCAAAAUGGAAAGCAUCCAAGUUAUUGAAGAAUGCCAAAACCCUACUGCAGAUGAAAUUUUGUCUUGGGCUCAGAAUUUUGACAAGAUGAUGAAAACACCAGCUGGGAGGAACCUUUUUAGAGAGUUUCUUCGAACAGAGUAUAGUGAAGAGAACCUGCUUUUUUGGCUUGCAUGUGAAGAUCUAAAGAAGGAACAGAACAAGAAAGUUAUUGAAGAAAAAGCAAGACUUAUAUAUGAAGAUUACAUUUCUAUACUUUCACCAAAAGAGGUUAGUCUUGACUCCCGGGUGAGAGAAGUGAUCAACAGAAACUUGCUGGAUCCCAGUCCUCAUAUGUAUGAAGAUGCCCAACUCCAGAUAUACACCUUAAUGCAUAGAGACUCUUUCCCGAGGUUCUUGAACUCUCAAAUUUAUAAGUCUCUUGUUGAAAGUAUUACAGGCUCUACUUCUGAAACUUAGUUUUAAUUUUAAUUUUCAAAUAAAAUAACUUGAUCUUUUCGGGGGUGGGCGGGACAGAAGAAAAGUAGUUUAUUAACAUCUGGAGCUGGGUUCCUGGAGAACUACACUUUAGCUCUACUCAGGCUACUGUGAAGAAAACAAAUACAUACUAUGGUCUCUGUCUACAUUUUUACCAAGGUCCUCCUUGCCUGAAAUAGCAUGGGAGGCAAACAACGGAUUUGCCAAAAUACAUUUGUUUCACAACCCUUUCACCCAACUGCAGUCAAGAUUGCAAUGAUGUAUUUGUAGUUUUAUGAACAGUCUCCUUGUGUAUCCUCACACUGCAUGUGCAAGGUAAAACUGCUUCACUUACCACUUAGUUGUUGCAAUAUUUAAUCCAAUAACAUAAAUUAUAUCUGUAUUUAAGAACUUUUUUGUGCAAUACAGUCUAAUGGUACAUAGAAACAACUGCAGCAAACCAGAAAGAGGCUUGCAUUUUUUAACAUCACUAACUGAAAAAAGCCAAUUUUUAAGGUGUAGCAUUACUCAACAUGCUCUACUGAGUACAAUACACUGACUUUUCGAAGCCAAUAUUUCUGUAUAGAAAAAGAAAGAGCUAUUUAUCACUGUUUAUUUAAAAUAAAUCACAUGGAGGAUUCCUCUGGUUGUUCACUGCCAAAACUGUGGCAUUUUCAUUACAGAGUUUGCAAUGUCAAAAAAAAAAAAAAAAAAAAAAAAAGCACAAACCACUAAAAGGGAUCCGUAUCUGGGUGACACAAUCUAUGCGCUGAUAUUGUUUAAUUGUUAAAAGAACAAAGAUUUUCAAUGUACAUUUCAGAUGUCAGAUACUGUAAUUGAUUUAUUAAAGACUGGCUAUCCAGUUCUAACACUGUUGUAUAAUGUUAUGUACUUCAGCAAAAAAAAAAAAAAGAAAAAAGAAAAAAGAAAAAAAAUAAGAAAACAAAAAACAAACACAGAAAGCUUGAUAAUUUAGUUUUUUUUUUUAAUAAAGAAAUUUAAUAAAAAAUUGCCUACAUGUAGCAUUUUAGAGCAUUUUAGAACAUUUUGAUGAAUUGCAUUUGUCCUGUAAGAUUCUUUUUUUCUUUCUUUUUUUUUUUUUUUAAGGCUAAAUCCAGUCAAAAAAUGUUUUUAAGCAAAGUAAUGUUUUACAAGGUGGUCGGUUAAAGAAGACUUAGCUUCUGGCCUCAUUGAUUUUGAGUAACUCCUUGAGAACAAGGAGUUUGGAAUGUAAUAUUAAACCAAAUUUCAAGGGCUCCUAAAUCUGCAGUUCUUACCCAAGCAAAAUGCCUACUGAAACUCAAUGGGUAUCUUUCCUGGGUAGAGAGUCCUGUAUUGAGCCCUAAAUGAGAGCUAAUGCAGCGCAGUUCUCCAAUCACUUUUCUGCCAUGGUGGUUUUAGUAAGUGUUUGCUUGGCCUUUUUAUCCAAAAAUGUCCAAUUUUAGGAUGCAUUUUGAUGUUUAAAAAGAGAGUGACUUGGAACUUAAAAAAACCAACAUCGUCAUACCUACCAUAUAUGAGACAAAUGAGUGUUCACAUCCCUCACAAACUGCUAAAGAUAAACCAUGAGAUUGUUUUGAACACUAGUUAAAUAUAUAUAUGUAUGUAUGUUUGUAUAUAUAUAUAUUUAACACUGUCAGCUCUGGUCUUGUACUAAUACUUUAGAGGCAAGGUUCUUCUCACUUUCCUAGGACUAAACACAACAUACUCCCAUUGCUUUUGAUGGGUCCAAAAGGUCUUACAGUUGUGUAACUAAGUGGAAUCUAGCCCCAGCAAACUUGGCUCCAACCAGCAAGCUACUCCUUGGUGCCAGCUCUUGCUGAAAUCGCUGCUACCGAGGCUGCUCUGGCUCUACACAGUAGCUGGUAGGAAACAGGUAUUAGUUUAUUUUCUGGGGCUUAUUUUUUCCUUUAUUUUACUACCUCUCUCUCUCUCUCUUUUUUUUCCUCUUAAUUUAUUGAACAUGCUUCAAAUAGCAAGUUGGGGAAUUUUUUAGUCAUUCUUUUUACUUGAAACCUGUGUGCUUUUUUUGGAUAUAUAAGAACAAUUUAACAAACUGUUUCUUAAACUCAUUUGGUUUUGUAAUUUAUAUAGAAUUCAGGAGAUGAUUAAAAGGGCUAUUCUCUAUUCCCUAUGCAACUAUUUUAACUGUUGUAGUGUUUGACAGAAUGGGAUCUAAAAAAAAAAAACUACAAAGUGGAAAACAAAUCUGUUUACAGUGGCGUUGCUGACUAUCCUACCAUAUUCAGCACUUUUAAAUAUUGUUAUUUAUGAAAAUGUAGUUUAAAAUGCAAGACAAAGUAUUUAUAAAUGUUUCUUUUAAUAAAUAACUGUUUUGUCUGAAAGUGUUAUUGUGUUAUGACAACUUUAUUCAUGUUGGUUAGUUACUUACCAUUAUGAAUAAAAUAUUCAAUUAUUAUAA